AUCGUCAUGAACUCUGAUCACAUUGAGGUUAGCACGAGUCAAGUCGCAGACGUGCGCGACGGAUCUCUCACAAGCGUCACUACGCUUUCCUCCCCGCCCCUCCCCCACUCCUCCACCGACCCGUCCUCAACAGUGACCACGGGGCCUGCACCUCCACCUACACCUGAGUGCGAGCUGCGCAGCCGGAGCCUUCUCCUCCAUACCCCGAGUGGCCCGGUGCGCGUGGACCCCGUUGCUCCUGGCGACCUCGUUACUGAAACAUUUCCACCACCGCCACCCUCCGAUCCCGUUGAGGUCUCGCUUCACACCUCUUUGCCGUACGGCCGCGUGUUCUCGGCAUUCGCAGCGACUGCUGCCGUCGGAGAAGGGGUGGAGGUCGUCGCCAAAAUCGCGCAUGCUUCGCCAGCCGUGCGCGAGGAGGUGGCCUGGGAGGCAUGGCUCUACGUCCAGCGGCUGAUUAUACCCGUCGUCCCGCACUUCCAUGGCCUCUUCGCUGGCGGCGGACACCUCGUGGCGCUCCUCGAGCCGGUCGGACAUGAGGUCGUCGUGGGCGCUCUGUCAGUGUCCGAACAGUAAGUCCGCAACCAAAGUACGCUGAGAUCAGACAAGCCAUCAUCGCCGCCUACGCCGCCCUACACGCCGCUGGCGUGGUGCACCGCACCUCCAAGCCCAAGCACUGGAUGACAUCUUCCACUGGGUUGCGGCUCAUCGACUUUGGCGAUAGCGCGGUGCUCGAGGCUCCCGAUGUGCCUGAUUGGGCGCCGCGCGGGCGCGUGCUGUCGCAGGAGUUCUUCAAAGCGCUCGCCGACGACGAGAUGGUGCGUGUGCGGCACGCUCUUGGAAUAUGACUCAGCUCUAUGAUAAUGCAGUUUCAUGCCAUUUUUGGGCUCUCCUCCUCUCUCGGACCUGAGGCUGGAUGCCUACCUUGU